AUGAAUUCUCUAACUUUUGGCUCAAAUGUAGAAAUUCCAUAAUUCAUAAUUAAAGAAUUAAACAAAAUAAAUAAGUAAUUUAUUGUACAUUCAAUUAUAGCUAAGAUAAAUACAAGUGCAUUGUUUAUUGAAACACUUCAAUUAUGUCGAAAAAACAUUUUAAAUUAGAUGGAAAACUUAAAAUGAUUGUUAGAUGUAAAAUGACAUUAUGCUCUUAAAUCUAAUGUUUUUUUUUUUGCAAGCCUGCGAAUUCAAAUUGAAAAAUAAGAUAGUCCAGCAUAUUCAGAAAUUAAAUUAACAAGUUGAAAGAGAAAAACAGAAAAAAUUACAAGAUUGA